UUCUUUUUAAUUCACGGCAAUGCAUGCAUGAUGCAUCCUCAUCGUAUCACUUAAAAUUUCACUCGUGAUUUAGGUUAAACUGGUCAUUGUCGUUUUGUAGUGUCGUUCGCUUCUGUUGUUUUUAAUUUUUAGUGGGCCUUUUUAAACAAAACGAAUAUUUAAGUCAUCAAUUACGUGGGCUGCUUUAGAAAAGCACAUUUGGUUUCCAACUUGAACAUUUACCCAAACAUUUCACUGAAUAUCCCCCUGUUGUGCUUACAACCUGAUUUUUAGAUGUGAACAUGAGUGGUAAAGUCGAAAUUUUCAAAGCGCUUACGGAUAUGUCAAUGUGUGUUGUGUGUGCACUACGGUUUACUAACGAAACGAGUAUCAUGGUUUAUGAAAAGUAUCUCACUGGUCAGAAGAUUGAGGGGUACGAUGCAGUGCUCGACAGGAAACGGAACAAACAGAGCCCAUGCAUCGCUUGUCUUGGACUUUUCCGUCCUGAUUUUUAUGAAGAAACUGUAGCCAGAAUUUCGCGGUUAAUUUUGGAUUCAGGACAAGAUUCCGACACGUUCAAUGUGUCUCUAUCAUUGCCAAUUAGUUUUUUACUCAGAGCUUAUUCGCUCUCGUUUUUUGUUCGCCAAAAGUGGCCAGCAUAUUGUACGACAGAAUUCUGGCCUCAGAUGUCGGUAAAAGAGCUAUGGAAAAAUAUAAUUACACCAAAAUUAGCUAUCAAAAUUAAGAAGAAUUUCAAUCCGACCUCCAAAUUUGAUAUAAAUGUUGAAUAUGUGUACACUGAUGAUGAGAAAGAAUACCGAUUCUUGUUGAAUAAAUUUCCAGGAAAAUUUUAAAAAAAUCAAAUAAGCCAAACUGCUGUUGAUAAAAUAUUGCGAAGCACUUA